GGCACUGGGAGAGAUGUUAAGCUGGCUGCUUCCACCCAUGGCUCUGCACACACACAGGGGCGGGUUGUGCCGGGGAGAGCGGGAGGCUGGACUCCGAGGUGGCGGAGGCGGUGGAGGAGGAGAAAGCGGUGGCGGAGCCGAGGUUUCCCCAGCUUGCUUGCCUCCUUCGGUGACCGAGCCGCUCCUGCUGCUGGGUUGCUGCCUGCGUCCGGAGGAUCCGACCGAGCGAGGGCGGCUGCUGACGCCGCCAGUCGAGAUGAUGGCGGAGGGCGGCGGCGGCGGCGGGCAGCGGCUCAAGGCGCUGUCCCUGCUAGAGGCGGCUCGCUGCCGCUACGAAAGCCUGCAAAUUUCCGACGACGUCUUCGGGGAAUCGGGCCAGGACAGCAGCGGCAACCCGUUUUACAGCACCACCGCGGACUCCCGCUCUGCCUCUGAGGAGGACGAGGAGGAGGAGGGCGAAACCCCCGAGGGAGGACGCAGCCAUCGGGGCAGGACUGGAAGACGCCCAGGCUCCAAGGCGUCGGCCGCGGAAGAGAAGGAGGAAGAGCCGCCGCCGCAAGUGCUGGGUGGCUUGGAGGCGAGUUUCCUGGGUCCCGCGGAGCGACAGCAGCGGGAGGAGGAGGAAGGCGAGAGGGGCUGGAGCCAGAGCCUGUGGAACACCCCGACCCCUUCCUUCAAGGAUAGCAGCGGCCCAACUCGCAAAAUGCCACCCACUGCCAGUGCCAUGGACUUCUUCCAACUCUUUGUCCCUGACAAUGUGCUAAAGAACAUGGUGAUUCAAACAAACAUGUAUGCCAAGAAGUACCAGGAACGGUUUGGGAGUGAUGAGGCGUGGAUGGAUGUCACCCUGACAGAAAUCAAGGCUUUCCUUGCAUAUAUGAUAUCUACAAGCACUCACCAUUGUGAAUCGGUCCUCAGCAUCUGGAGUAGUGGUUUCUAUAGCAACAAGAGCAUUGCAUUGAUCAUGACUCAGACAAGAUUUGAGAAGAUUCUUAAAUACUUCCAUAUUGUGGCUUUUCGUUCAAGUCAGACUACACAUGGCCUCUAUAAAAUCCAGCCGUUUCUGGACUCUCUGCAACAUAGCUUUGACUCUGCUUUCAAGCCUUCCCAGACACAGGUACUCCACGAGCCUCUGAUUGAUGAAGAUCCAGUUUUCAUUGCCACCUGCACAGAGCGAGAAUUACGGAAGAGGAAAAAGCGGAAAUUCAGUCUCUGGGUACGGCAGUGCUCCUCUACCGGCUUUAUCUGCCAGAUCUAUGCCCAUCUGAAAGAAGGCAGUGGGACUGAAGGUCUGGAUACUUUGAAGAACAAAGCUCAGCUUCACAGCAUAGUGGCCAAGAGUCUUUGUCAGAAUGUCACAGGGAAAAACUGCAUCAUCUUCACCGGCCCCAGCAUUACCAGCCUGAACCUCUUUGAAGAGUUUGAAAAGCAAGAGAUUUAUUGCUGUGGAUUGCUAAGUGCAAGAAAAAGUGACUGCACGGGGCUGCCUUCCUCAAUGCUAAACAACCCAGAGACCCCUCAGUCUCGAGGACAUUACAGGAUAAAAAUGAAAGGAAACAUGUCCCUCAUCUGCUGGUACAAUAAAGGCUAUUUUAGAUUUUUGACCAAUGCUUAUUCUCCAGUUCAACAAGGUGUUAUCAUUAAGAGGAAGAGUGGAGAAAUCCCGUGCCCUCUGGCAGUAGAAGCCUUUGCUGCUCAUCUUAGUUAUAUUUGCAAAUAUGAUGACAAAUAUAGCAAGUAUUUCAUUUCUCAUAAGCCAAACAAGACCUGGCAACAAGUCUUCUGGUUUUCCAUCAGCAUUGCCAUAAACAAUGCUUACAUCCUGUACAAAAUGUCUGACGCCUAUCCCAUGAAAAAGUACAGCCGAGUGCAGUUUGGUGAGAGACUUGUAAAGGAGCUGCUUGGAUUGGAGGACCCCUCACCAGGUCAUUGAUGGAUCCUUCUUCAUAGCUUAGGUUAGGA